AUGUUACGCAAUCAUAGAGCUUUCUCUACCGCAGCCCGUUUAGCCAAAGAUGCUAAGGCUCUUAACCAAUUUUCAAAAGUAGUCACUCAGGGGAAAGAUCAAGCCGCUUCUCAAGCUAUGUUAUAUGCCACUGGGUUUAAAUCAAAUGAUAUGAAUAAACCACAAGUCGGUGUUGGUUCCUGUUGGUGGUCUGGUAAUCCUUGCAAUAUGCAUUUAUUGGAUUUAAAUAAUAGAUGUGCAGAAUCAGUUAAUAAAGCCGAUUUAAAGGCAAUGCAAUUCAAUUCGAUUGGUGUUUCUGAUGGUAUUUCCAUGGGUACCAAAGGUAUGAGAUACUCCUUACAAUCUCGUGAAAUCAUUGCCGAUUCCUUUGAAACUAUCAUGAUGGCUCAACAUUAUGAUGCAAACAUUUCUAUUCCAGCUUGUGAUAAGAACAUGCCCGGUGUCAUGAUGGCAAUGGCCCGUCAUAAUAGACCUUCCAUUGUUAUUUAUGGUGGUUCAAUCUUACCAGGUCAUCCAACUUGUGGUUCAAAUAAUAUUCCAAAAGAUAUUGAUAUUGUAUCAGCCUUCCAAUCUUACGGUCAAUAUAUUUCAAAACAAUUAAAUGAAACUGAAAGACAGGAUGUGGUAGAACACGCUUGCCCUGGCCCAGGUGCAUGUGGUGGUAUGUAUACUGCUAACACAAUGGGUUCAGCUGCUGAAGUCUUGGGUCUAACUUUGCCAAACUCUUCAUCAUCACCAGCUGUUUCACAAGCUAAGAUGGAUGAAUGUGAUAACAUUGGUCAGGCUAUUAAGAAAACAUUGGAAUUAAAUCUCUUACCUCGUGAUAUCUUAACUAAACAAGCUUUUGAAAACGCAAUUACUUAUGCCAUUGCUACUGGUGGGUCCACUAAUAGUGUUUUACAUUUAAUUGCUAUUGCCCAUUCUGCCGGUAUUAAAAUCACACCAGAUGAUUUCCAAAGAAUCAGUGAUAAGACUCCAUUAUUAGGUGAUUUCAAACCAUCUGGAAAAUAUGUAAUGGCUGAUUUAGUUAAUGUUGGUGGUACUCAAGCAGUUAUUAAAUUCUUAUAUGAGAAUGGAUUCCUAUAUGGUGAUGCUUUAACUGUUACCGGUGAAACAUUAGCAGAAAGAGCAAAAAAGGCUAAGGGUUUACCAGAAGGUCAAGAUAUCAUUAGAUCAAUUGAUAACCCAAUCAAAUCGAAUGGUCAUUUACAAAUUUUAUAUGGUUCUUUAGCACCAGGUGGUUCAGUUGGUAAAAUUACUGGUAAGGAAGGUACUAUCUUCAAAGGUCGUGCAAGAGUUUUUGAAGAUGAAGAAUCAUUUAUUCAUGCAAUCGAAAGAGGUGAAAUCAAAAAAGGUGAAAAGACAGCAGUUAUUAUUAGAUACGAAGGUCCAAAGGGUGGCCCUGGUAUGCCUGAAAUGUUAAAGCCUUCAUCUACUUUAAUGGGCUAUGGUUUAGGUAAAGAUUGUGCCUUAUUAACUGAUGGUAGAUUCUCUGGCGGUUCUCAUGGUUUCUUAAUCGGUCAUAUUGUACCAGAAGCUGCUGAAGGUGGCCCAAUCGGUUUGGUUAAGGAUGGUGAUGAAAUCAUUAUUGAUUCAGAAAACAAUAAGAUCGAUUUGUUAGUUUCCGAAGAUGAAAUGGCUCUACGUAAAUCUGAAUGGACUCCUCCUCCACCACGUUAUACUAGAGGUACCUUAUCUAAGUACUCUAAAUUAGUUUCCGAUGCCUCCCAUGGUUGUGUCACUGACAAUUAA